CAUGGCGCCGCCGCUCGCCUGGCUGCUGCUGGCCUGCCUGCCGGCCGGUUGCCUCUCCCUGCUGGUGACAGUGCAGGAUACUGAGCGUUACACCACCUUAUUUGCCAGCAUUACCCUCAAGUGUGAUUACAGCACUUCAGCCCAGCUGCAGGACGUAGUGGUGACCUGGCGCUUCAAAUCCUUCUGCAAGGACCCCAUCUUUGAUUACUACUCAGCCUCGUACCAAGCCAGUUUAGCUCUUGGCCAGGACCCGUCUGAUGACUGCAAUGAUGUCCAACGAAAGGUGCGCAUUGUCAUCCAGAAAUAUGGGCAGAAUGAGCCUGUGCUGGGUGUUGACUACCGGCAACGAAAGAUCACCAUCCAGAACCGGGCAGACCUUGUUAUCAGUGAAGUCAUGUGGUGGGACCAUGGUGUAUACUACUGCACUGUGGAAGCACCAGGAGAUACCUCAGGGGAUCCGGACAAAGAAGUUAAGCUAAUUGUUUUACACUGGCUCACAGUACUCCUCAUCGUCCUCGGUGGCCUCCUCCUCCUCCUGCUGAUUGGAAUAUGUUGGUGCCAGUGCUGCCCCCAGCAUUGCUGCUGCCACAUCCGGUGUGUCUGCUGCCCAACCCGGUGCUGCUGUAAUGAGAAAGUACUGGAACAGCAUCGAUUCAUGAAGCAGGCUCAGGCAUUUGCACCGUGGAUGUUACCUAACAUGUUCUAUGGAGGUGCUGAUAGGAACUCACAACUUUCCUCUUAUCAGCUGAACCCUCUACUGCAACAAGAUGUGUCUCUGCAGAACAGUCUUCCACUGGUGCAGCCACAAGCUCGACUUUCCCCUAACAAAGGUGUUUUGGACUAUCUGGAAUCUGAAAUCCAGAACCUUAACCCAUCACAGCCCCGGCCACCCUCCAACCAGCGGCAGGCAGUGCAGCCCAGCUUACUGUCCUCCCUGGGCAGCGACAUCAUGCAGCGUGGCACAAACGGUCUUCCUCCUCUCACUGGUCAUGUUUCUUCUUCCCAUGGGAGCAGCAACUCCUCACGUCCACAGAGAACUACCCACAGCCCCAGAACUUGGGACUCCGUAGCAGAGAGCAGGAGGGAAGAUCGGAGGUGGCCCUUGCCUUCCAGUGAAGAUUCUCGUUCCAGCUACAGUCGGGAAUCCCGGGACAGGCAGCGAGACGACCAUCCUCCAAGGCAGAGGGCAGGCGGCUAUGAUCACAGGCCGCAGCACUCCAGGCGGGAUGUGUCACCCACCCGCCAGACUGAGAGAGGAAAAAGCAGCAGCAGCAGCUGCAGUUUCUAUUCAGAGGAGGCCAAGGAGCACUCUAGCCACCAUCGUGGCCGGAGACAGCAGUCUGCAGUGAGGCGAGAGUACCAGCAGCACACCAGGAACAGCAACAACUCGAGGCACCGGCGGCACAGCUACUCUCCCCCAUCUCGACGGGGAUCAUGGAGCUCCUCAGAAGAGCAAAUCCGUCUCCCAGCGACAAACCGCAGGCGGCACAACCGGUCUCGGGAAUGGCCAGAAGAUAAACCUCCCAGUUAUCGCUCGCUAGAAAUCAUCCCAGGUCGGGACAGCAAGCACAGAGAGGGUGCAGGGCCACGCUCGGACAGAGGAAGUUCCUAUAGUGCAAGAAGCAUUGUCAUUUAAUGCCAGUACUGAAAGAAUGAAGAUUCACACUGGACUCUUUUUAGCUAUUUUUACUAUGUAGUUGGGAUGACUGCUUUUGAUUGAACCAGCAAAGGAAAAACAAACAGAAGAUGAAACUGCUUUUGAAGAAGAUAUGUCUAGUGGACAUGAAAGCAAUAUAUAGCCCGUAUUUGUUCCUACUUUGAUUUGGAAACUUAGGUUUGUGAUGGGCUGAAAACAUGCUAUUGGAUACAGCAAAUUUUUUUAAUAAACAGUGUAUUCCCAGAGGUA